AAAGCAGCAGACAGUCAGAGCACGGCUGGCAAACGCUGAUUGAGUUUAAAGCUCACCAGUAGGCAGACAGUCAGUUUACGCUAGAGGCAUCUCUAGUUUAUAAAUCGGGGAUAGAUAGUGAGCUGGAGUCGGGAUGAACACGGAGGAGACUAAUGUCGAUGUGGAGGAUGCUCAGACCAUCAGCGUUGAGCAAAAAGACGCUCUGGAUGCAGCUCAGGUCGCUGUGGAUGCUGAUGCCACCGAGGCUGAUGUAAGCGAGGCCGAUCUGGACCAGGAGGAGCAGGAGAAGCAGCCGAUGACCACCGGCGGAGACCGACCAGCGGUAGCUCCGCCUGAAGUGAUGGAGGAGGUGGGAGCGGAGAAAAACGGCUCCGUGAAGCUGAAGGUCCUGGAUGAGGCGGAGGAGAAGUUCACCGGCCUGAACAAGGAGGAGCUGCUGCGGGUGGCGGGGACUCCUGGCUGGGUGAGAACCCGCUGGGCGCUCCUGCUGGUGUUCUGGCUCGGCUGGUUGGGGAUGCUGGUUGGAGCUGUCCUCAUCCUCCUUCAGGCUCCUGGCUGCAGAGAACUGCCAGCCACCAGCUGGUGGAACGAAGGCCCACUGUACCAGAUUGGAAACAUCCAAGCAUUCACUGACAUGCACAACCUGAAGGGUCUGGAGCAGAAGAUGAACAGUUUGUCCCAGCUGAAGGUGAAAGGUUUGGUGGUUGGACCAAUUCAUGUUGCUCCACCUGAUGAAGCCAUCAGCUUGAGGUUUGAGGAGAUUUCUCCUGAUGCUGGAAACCUUGAUCAGUUUAAAGGUGUCAUCCAGGCUGCUCGCCGAAAAGGAAUUUCUGUGGUUUUGGAUUUGACUCCAAACUACCAGGGAUCAUCUGGACCCUGGUUCUCCAGCAACAGUGUAACAAAUGUAGCAGAGAGACUGAAGUCUGCCCUGGUAUUCUGGCUGAAUGAAGGUGUGGAUGGAAUCCAGCUCUCAGGAGUGGAGCAGCUGGCCAACAUGGUUCCAUCUCUCUGGGCUGACAUUCGGGCCAUCAUCCACAACGGAAUGGACAAGGAUCCAAAAAGAGUUCUGCUUGGUAUCACAGAAAUCUCCUCUGCUGAAAAUGUGUCUGCCCUUCUUUCCUCAACUGGAGUCGACCUUCUGAUAUCUAACGUGCUGACAUCAGGUGACCCUGAGCCCACCCGUUUCGCUGAGACCAUCCAGCAUCUGUAUUCUAACCACAGUCAGACAAAGCUGGCCUGGAGUCUGGGGGGACGAGUUGAGGGUCACUUGGCCUCAUUAGUUAACCAAGCUCAUGUCAAACUCUACCAGCUGCUGCUGCUGACCCUGCCAGGAACACCUGUCUUCAGCUAUGGAGAUGAGAUUGGCCUGAUGGAUGGGGAUUCUAAGUUUCCCAAAAUGCUUUGGGUCUUUGAAGAGGAGCUUAAUGGGACUCUGCAGGAGGAGCAGACUGAGCAGCUGUCAUUUCGCAAGUUCUUCUGCUCUGUGACCGAGUUGCGGGCUAAACAGCGCUCCCUCCUUUAUGGAGAUUUUCUCCUCCUGUCCAACUCCUCUUCCUCUCUGGUAUAUCUGCGGGUCUGGGAUCAGAAUGAUCGUUACCUGGCUGCCUUUAACUGGGGGGCAGAAGAGGAGACAGUGUUGCAGAUGAACAAUCCAGGACUACCCCGGCAUGCUGCAGUAGCCCUCAGCACCAACAGUAGUGCUCUGCCUGAAGGUAGCAGUGUGGACCUGAUGAACUUGCGGCUCGGUCCAGGGCAGGCUGCACUCAUCAAGCUUCCCUAUACUGGAUAGAAGUAAUGCUUACAAUGUUUAAAAUCUCUUUAUUUCCUUAUUCAUAGUGUUAAAAGUAUCUCUAAAGCCCUGUUAAGACAGGUUACCAACAGAGAAUGAGGUCAUAGAGCACUGAAUUAGGGCCAAGUUGUUGUUGUGACUUCUGUGUGUUGUUGCUAGAUCACCAUUUCUCUAGAAGAGUAACACUUUGGAGCUGACAGUUCUGCUAUUGUAAAGAGAUCUGUGAAAGUUGUUUCAGCUAUAAACAGGAGCUGCUGUCUAAUCAUUGUAUUACUUGCACAAAAAUCUAUCUUAUGUAAAAGUAUAUUAAUAGACAAACAGGCCACUGAUUAACAAUGACCAUGGCAAAACAAAGUGAGUUUAUUUUGAGUUAAUGAAGAGAGGACAAGAUGAUCUGACAGCUGAGCUUCACCUGAAACAUCUCAGCACAGGUUAGACUUUUCUUCUGAGAUGACAAUUACCACUAAGGACCCCUCUAAUACUCCCACCCCCGACCCACAGAUGGUACCUUAAGAAAAAAUAGACAAACGUAUAUCAAUAGCGAAGUCGUGUUGAUGGAGAGUGAUUUGAGGUUGGCGCAAGGAAUGCAGAGGAUGAGUAGGGUGAAAAUGACUAGGAGGAUGAAUGAAAAGAAAUAAAGAUGGUAAAUGCAAAGGCAUGAGAAAGUUAAUGAAUGGGAUGAGAAAGGGUAGGGAUGUAGAAGAUGAGUGGGAUGCAGAAAGGUCAGGAUGAGGAAUGGAUGAAAGUUCGAGAGUAAAAAUAUGGUCAAGAGAAAGAGACAAACUACUAUAGCAAGGCUGACAGGAACUACUGAAAUCACUUCAGCUCUGUCCUGUUACUGAUCUGUCAAAUAACAAAUAGGCUUCCUUGACUUCUUUGGUCCAACCUCUCCGGGAGGUUUGUGGGUAAAAGGUGAAUCUUGUCUGUAUCUGUAACACACUGUGCACUUAUGUAUUGCAUUCUGUGAAAAAAUAAAAAUAAAAACAUGAACUGAUUUAAGGCAAA